AUGUCGCGCGCCGCCUCGCACGCUCCCUCUGCCUCCGCCUCUGCAUCCGCCUCGUCCUCCAGCAGCACGCAGCCCCUCUCCCCGCGCGCCUCGUUGCCGCCUUACGCGCGGCGCGCCUCUGGCCUCGCCUCGCCGCACCAUGCCACGCCCUCCUCCGCCAGCGCGGCGCCGACGUCGUCCUUCGGCGCCGCCGCCGCCAGCUUGGGCAGUGCCGUGGGCGUCGGCAGCAGUGCAGGCGGCGGCGAGAUGCUUGAUCGGCCGCGCGACAAGUUCCGCCAGACGCACGUCGGCAGUGCGGCCCUCGCCUUUCUCUAUGCCGAAGUCGUGCGCUACACGCAGGCGCGCGUGACGGGCAUUGCCGAGCUGGAACGCAA